AUGCCUCCUCCGUCCCUCCGGGAGGCCGUCGAUGGAUGUGAUAUUUUCACAUUUUGUCAACAGCUGAGAGCGGCCAGCGCUCUUUCUGACAGCUUUGCACUCGACGUUUCUUUCGUUAGAAUAUGUAGAGAUUUUCUUUUGUUUUUCCCUCCCCACACUCCGCCCCCCCUAGUUCAUUCUAAUUCGCUCCUCGACAAGCAGAUGUAUUACAGAGGCUCGUUUCCGACCCGGACCGAGCGCUCACCGUACCAGACGUUGUCUAGGUGGACUUCCCACUGGCCACAUAAACUUUACACCUCUUCGAUGAAGGGUUUUCCUGUGUACGCCCCCGUCCCCCCACACCCAAGCGAAAUAACAGCCCCACCGUGUCAUCAACACGGUUGUCCCCCCCACCGCCAUGACAACACCUCCACGGCCACCCCCUACCCUCUCCGCGUAGACGCAUGA